GUAUCCGAGGGAAGCCAGUAAAGAGAGGAAGUGUUUUAUUUUCUGGAAGGGGGAAAAGAGGCGCAUCUGAUCUUUUCUCCCCUUCUUUCCAGUUAUUUCGGCCACCGACCCAAAAGUGUGGUUUCUCUUUUCUGGUUUUAAUCACAGGAGCGGACUCUUUCCUUCACAUAUCUUCUUCUGCUCUGUCUAUGCUGUAGCUGAAAGCGAGUACACCCAGCUCCUCUCUCUCUCCUCUCUCCCCCCUCUCACUCUAUAUCUCCUUCUCCUCCUCCUCUCCCACUCGCUUUGGAGGAGAACCCAUAAGAAGCAGCUCAAGGCUUCGCGUUUUUCCCACCGCCGCUGCUCCCGCGCUGCAAAAAGGAUUUCCAAAAGUCAUUUCAAGUGGACUUUUUGUGUGUGAUUUUGGCAGAGAAGUGCAGCUCGGGAUCGGAUCCAGGAGGGGUAAAACACUCUGACCUGGAAGGGACGUAUUUCUGGACAGAGAGAGAGAAAAGUAAAGGACAGAGAAAAGAGGAGAUAAAUGGAGAACACGCGUGGUGUCUUAUUUCCAAAAAUGUCUUUUCGGAUGGAUUAGGACAAAAAUAACUGAAACCUUUCAUUUGAUAUCAUCGACCUCAGUCUGGAUAUGGACUGCUUGAUGUCAUUGAUCAGCUGAUUGAUUGGUUGAUUGACGUUAUCAGCCGCCAAACUUGGACUUGUGGGGGAUUUAAGGCGAAAAGGGGAACCCCGCACUGCAGCCUCACUUUGGGCAUGAGGUGAGGCUCCUCUAACAACACCUCUGGAUAGAAUAUUUGAUCAAUCAACCUGCACAGUGGAACUCUAUUGAUUGAUUAUCUCAUCAUUAAGGUCAACUUCUCUGCCCAUUUCACCCAGUUUGAAACAAACCAAAUACCUAUUAUUAAAGCAUAUGUACGAACAAACGUUUUUGUCACAUGAAUUAUAUCAUUAAAGAUAACAUAUUAAGUACCAACACUCUACAUUAAAGCCCAUGUAGGCAUAGUACAAGGGCAGAAAGUACCAUAAAGUACUACAAGAAUGACCAUAAACUCAUAACUGCCACAAGAGCUUCACUGUUAAAUCAUUAUAAUAAUUUAAUAAGGAUUGUUAUAGUGCAAGUGCUUCGCGGGAUUCCAGUUGGAUUGGAAGUUAUUUUUGGCUGCGCAAAGUAGAGCGGCUCUUCCACACCAGUGCCCGGACAGAGACAGACUGAACGCAGAGGUCUACCUACUUGUCUCUGUUUUACAACCCGGCCCGAACGAGAUAGACACGAGGGCGGAGGGGAGAAAAGAGAGAGGAGAGGAUGCGUAACUGCGGUUAAUUGGAGCAGAUUUGGAGCAGAAGGGAGAGAUGGAUUGUAUUCGUUUUGCAGCCAGAGAGACUUUCCUGUUUUAGGCUGUAAAUCUAUUUUUUUUUGGCGGAGAGGAGGAGAAGAAACGACCUAUAUUCUUUCAUUUAUAAGAAGACACACGAGGAGAGAGAGCCAAAGGUGGGAUUAUUUCAGCAAAUGUUAACGUCUGGUCAAGAUUCUGCCGCUUGGAUUGAGGAUUAGUUACUCCAAAACGCCAGGUACCACUGGAGACUAGAGAGAUGAAGACUUUGUCCCUCCUCUUCCUCCUCCUCCUCGCUUCGGGAGCCUGUGAUGAUGUCAAGUACAUCACCAAGAGGGACUCGGUGGAUGGAUGCAUAGACUGGUCGGUGGAUCUGAAGGAGUACCAUGUUCUGGCCGGUGAGCCUGUUCGGGUGAAAUGUGCCUUGUUCUACAGCUACAUCCGAACCAACUACACCAUGGCCACCAACGCCAAACUGCGCCUCAUCUGGUACAAGAACAAAGGAGAUGCUGAGGAGCCUAUCAUCUUCUCGGGUCACAGACUGAGUAAAGAAGACGACUCCAUCUGGUUCAGAUCUGCUGAAAUGGAAGACAAUGGAUUCUACACCUGUGUACUAAGGAACGCGACAUACUGCAUGAAAGUGUCCAUGUCGAUGACUGUGGACGAGAGUGAUGAGGGGAAAUGCUUCAGCAACAAAAUCCGACAUCUGGAGAAAGCUGAGAUAACCCAUAACAAAAUGAUCACCUGUCCUGAUUUAGAAGACUAUUUGGCUCCAUACAAGCAGCCACAGAUGACUUGGUAUAAGGAGUGUGAGCGGGUUGAAUGGAGACGCUCCAUCAUUGUUAACAAUACACACAUCUGGAUUCCUGAGGUGCAAGAGGGCGACGGGGGAAAUUACACCUGUGAGUUACAGUAUGGAUCCAGACUGGUGCGGCGGACUACUCAACUCAAAGUUACAGCUCUCCAGACCACUCAUCCUCCCAAGGUCCUUUUCCCCCCGGAGAGACAAGACACAGUGAUAGAAAUCACGCCCGGUAUGCCUCUCAGUCUGGACUGCAAGGCGUUUUUUGGCUACAGUGGAGAAAACAGAAGGCCCAUUAUCUAUUGGAUGAAAGGAGAAAAGUUUGUGGAAGAACUAGCGGGACACAUUAAAGAGAGUGAAGUCACGGUUUUGAGGGAACAUUUAGGGGAGAAGGAGAUGCAGUUAUCCUUAACGUUUGAUGCUGUGGAUGAAGCAGACCUGGCCAAUUACACCUGUUAUGUGGAGAACCACAUAGGGAAGCGCAGUGGGAGUGCUAUACUGCAGAAGAAAGAUAUGUAUCGUCUGGAGUUGGCUGGUGGUCUUGGAGUCAUAUUGUUUCUGCUGGGAGUCCUGACAGCACUUUAUAAGUGUUACAACCUGGAGAUCAUGCUCUGCUACAGGAGACACUUUGGAAGUGAUGAAACGGAAGAUGAUAAUAAGGAGUAUGAUGCCUAUCUGUCCUAUACUAAAGUGGACCUGGACUGUUUGGGAAGGCCGAGCAGCGAUGAGGAAACACUAGCUUUGGAGAUCCUGCCGGAUGUUUUAGAGAAACAUUAUGGAUACAAGCUGUUUAUACCAGACAGAGAUCUAAUACCCAGCAGCACCUACAUUGAUGACUUGGCACGUAGCGUAGAGCAGAGCAGACGUUUGAUCAUCGUUUUGACUCCAGAGUUCGUCGCCAAACGAGGUUGGAGCAUCUUUCAGAUAGAGACACGCCUCCACUCCAUGCUGGUAACCGGGGAGAUCAAGGUGAUCAUGAUAGAGUGUGCAGACCUGAAGAAUGUCAUAAACUACCAAGAGGUGGAAGCACUUAAACAUACAAUCAAGGUUUUAUCCAUCAUCAAGUGGAGGGGUGCUAAGAGCAAUGAGCUGUCAUCUAAGUUUUGGAAACAGGUUGUCUACGAGAUGCCUGCAAAACGCAGAGAGACGUUGUCCAGACGCCAGGUGAUGGACUCCGGUGAACAGGGCCUCUUUGGUGACCUACAGACCACCGUCUCCACCAUUGCCAUGACAACCACCUCCGCCUCCUUGGCGCCCCCUAAUGACAGUCGCCAUGGACAUCAUCAGGUUGCCUUGGCGACGGAGAUCCCCGACUACAACCAGAUGACAUUGCCGCUGGGAGGCAGCCACACUGCCACAGCAGCCCAAAUGAGGCAUUUCUGCCGCAGCUAUGAGUUCCAGCUUCCCCCACCGCCUUCCUCCCUGUCGCCUCCCCUCCCACCUCCCUCCACCGUGCAGUUCUCCACUCUGGGCCCCGGGGGGCGCCACGUCUAUUGCAACAUCCCUAUGACAUUGUUGAACGGACAGGGGUUCAGAGCUGUUUACUGGGGAACAAGAGGUGCCUCAGAGCAGUACGCUUGGGAAGAAACCAGAACUCCACCUGAACAGCACCUUUGUACCACUCACCAGCAGAGAACUAAGCUCUGACAUCUGGUAGAGGGACUUCUCAACUGGUAUUGGAUUACAGACCGGUUUACAGACUGCUCUUACACUGGCUUUGGAAAAGGAUUAGACUGGUUGGUCGACUGAUUUUCAUCGGGUCUUUGGACUGUGUACGGCCUUGGUUUUCAGGAGGGACUGCUUGAGGACUGCCUGCAGACUUCUUUUAGGACACUUCAUCCCACGCUGUGAACAAAGGACUGCUUGAAGACUGUAUAAGCCUUGGAUUCACAAUGCUUGAAUAUACUGGCUGCCGACUGCUUACAGACGGAUUAAUUCAUAAAACUGAGAGUACGCUAGUUUUGGACAUACCAACUAGGUACAGACUGAUACAAACUGGUAUGUAAGCUAUGUAGCCAUGACCAUUGGAGAGGAGCGCUACUAUACAACAUGACUGGUCAUACAAACUUUACUGGUGCAGAGAGUUUGUAGACAGUUAUGGACCCGUCGAUGUAAUGAACUGGAAAAGCAAUUAAAAGGUCCAGAAUACUCAAACAAUGGUAAUCACAAACAGGAGUGCUCCCUUUGUUGAAUAAGCUACCAAGUCGGACCUCAGAGCACAAAAAAAGCAAGUAUCUUGAAUUGCCGUCUGCUCACACAUCAGCUGUGUACCCAGUAAACAAGUUGAUUUGUCAACUGCUUAACUACUCGGAAAUAUCAGUCGACUGAAAAACAAAAGUAGCGUAAUCUCGGAAUGCCAGUCGAUCUUCUACUUAGCUGAGUUCUCAGUAAAUCCAUCUACCUGUUGACUCUGUGGCUUGUCAGUAAACAAGGCAAAAUUCAAGCAAUGAUUUUGGAAUACCAGUCCACCUUAAAACAACAUGUCAACCUCUUGAAAAACAAUUCCUGGCUAGCUAGCUAGCUACCUGGUUUGGUUCUUAGAAGCUAAAAUGGUUGACCUAAAAUAACUGGAUUCCAGCAAGAAUGUCAAGAUAAGAAGUGAUGCAUGGAGCAAUUACUAAACUUAAUUACUGAGAAAGCACAGUUAGCAGGUGUACAUGGAAACAUAGCUAGUUGUUAAGACUAACUGACUUAAAGGCUAGUUAUUUCUUGAGCUAAAAGGCACCAGGAGACUGCAAACCAGCCAGCUCACCUUGUAACCCAGUAAUCAGCAAGUAGUCAACUCAUCAAGAGGUGAACUGGCCUAGAGGUGACAUACCAACCGUUACCACCAAGCUAAAAGCGCAAAAGACUUGGCUCUUUCUAUUUGCAUGACCACCCAUUUAGAUACAAAAAAAUAAUCAAAUAAAUAUAGAUAAAAGAGUAAAUGACACAACCAUUUCUCGCAGCCUCUUUUAAUACGGAGGAGAAUAAACGUUUUUGUUGAUACAGUAUUGUUUUCUGUCCGGCCAUGAAGAAAUGAUAGAAACUGAUAAAGGGAAGGGAAAAAAAGGAGGUGUCCCUCCAAAAACUUUUUUUUUUCUUUUAUGGAAUUUAUGCUUUUAGAAGGUUGGUAAGCAUUUUAACCUUAAGUCUUUGUUUUUAAUGUUUGUUACAAUAAACUCUGUACAGCUUCCAUAAUUUAUGCAUAGACAUAUACAUGACAGUGAUUUAUUCCCUACAAUUUCUGUUAACUCCCACAUUAUGUGUGAGACCCAGAGCCUCUUUAUGCUUUCAUUCUGUUCUUAUUUUCAUUAGUGGGUGGAUGGUGAUGGAUGGAUGGAUGGUGAUGGAUGGAUGGAUGGUGGUGGAUGGAUGGAUGGAUGGUGGUGGAUGGAUGGUGGUCAAUGGAUGGAUGGGUAGAUUGGUGGAUGAAUGGAUGGAUCGGUGGAUGGGUGGGUCGAUGGAUGGAUGCUCCCGGCAGUACAACCCCCCUGCUAACGGACUGAUGUUUUAAACCUGAUACUGGAAAUGAGACCACUACCAGUCAGCCAAGGGGGCUUCACUGCAUACAGAGCCGGACUCCAAGCUGAACCACAUUUGUCUGUGUGAGCUUUAAGAAACCAAGAUUACUACCAUAAUAUUUAAGCAAAGUGAAUAAUGUUUUGAAUUUACACAAAGGUACUGUCAUUGUCUUAAUAGAACCAAUGAAUUAUGGAUAUUUGAGAUUGUUUGAUACAAUUAUUAAUUAUUUGAGUUGUUAUAUUCGAUGGCAAUAUACAGUAUAGUGGUUGUCUUUUGAUUUCUGCUAAUUUCUUUGACUAUUCUUUGGAUAUAUUGGUUGAAAUAAUUUAACUGAGAGCAAAUAAAAAUGAUAUGAGUUGUU